AUGCCCGACAUAGACUCAGAGGACAAAGGCAAUGAGCUUGCGGCAGUUGAUUACGUAGCUGACAUCUUCAGCUACUACAAGAGGGUGGAACCACAAUUCCGUGUGUCACCCACAUACAUGUCGCGGCAGACGGAUAUCAACGAUAACAUGAGGGCCAUCCUCAUCGACUGGCUUGUGGAAGUGCACUACAAGUUCAGACUGAUGCCCGAGACUCUCUUCCUCACAACAAACAUCAUCGACCGCUUCCUGGAGUGCAAGCGCGUCUCACGGCGCAACCUGCAGCUUGUGGGCGUCACAGCCAUGCUGGUGGCAUCAAAGUAUGAGGAGAUCUGGGCGCCUGAGGUGAAGGACUUUGUGUACAUCAGCGACGAGGCCUACUCGCGCGAGCAGAUCCUGGAGAUGGAGAAGAUCAUGCUCAACACGCUGCGCUUCAACCUCACAGUCCCCACGCCCUUCAACUUCCUCUCGCGCUUCCUCAAGGCAGCCGGCGCCAGCAAGGACACCCUGGUGGUUGCGUAUUCCACAUACCUGAUCGAGUUGGCCAUGCUGGACUACAGCAUGCUCAAAUACUCCUACUCCAUGCUCGCUGCCGCCUCGGUCUUCACCGCAAACACGGCACUGGCGCGCAGCCCCGAGUUCCCGCACAGCCUCAAGCGCCACGCAGGCUUCACCGAAGAAGGCGUGCUGCCCUGCGCCAUCGCUCUGGGUGAACUGUUCCGAAGUGCGCCCUCAGCAACGCUGCGGACCAUCUACAAGAAGUACAGCCAUCAGCAGUACGCGCGCGUGUCCGUCAUGCCAGCCGUCGCGCCGGAAUCCGCCGUCCCUGCCUUCUGAGCUGCCUCCAUGCCCACACCCAAAUCUUUAGUUUGAGGCGGCAGCCAGCUGUGAACAGCAGGAGGCAGAUGAAUGAUGUUGGACUUCUUCAUCAUCUUUGACGGCUGGGCGGCUCCUGAGUAUAUGAUGGACUGAUGCAAACCUUGAUGAAACCUGUGCAGCAUUGAUCAUGAUCACUUAAACCUUUGUGGUGUGUUUUUGCCCUGAGCCUUCAUGAAAAGAGAAGAGUUGCUGCGCAAGGCUGGUGCAGAUUCAUACAUAUAGGCCUGCAGCAACCAAGAAUUUGAACUCCCCCGGAACCCAACAUUGGACUCAAAGUAUGAAAGGCAUCACUGAUGUGGCGCCAUAUUUCAUAGAUAUAGGAUAGGCUUACAUUUAUUGCUAUUGCAAUCAUAGAUGAUGUUUGAUCAUCAUUUGAUCUGCAAGCGCUAUAGCUAGUAAUACUAGAUGUGUAGAAGUGGCAGAUAUGCAAUAUGAUGCACCAUAGGUGGAGGUCGCAUCACUGUUGCAACACUUGUGAUGAGUGCGGAGCAGGUGCCAUGGUAUUGAACCUUCCUGCAUGUGCAUGUGGACCUUGUAAGUACAUACAACACU